CCAGGACAACAGAAGCCUUGAUUUUGACCCAGAGGGUUGCUCGCUCCACUCGGAAAUUUAUUUCAGACGAGCACUUUGGUGCUUAAAACUUGCGUUUCCCCGGUUUAUUUCGGCAUCAAACACCUCCUCAGCGCCAUUCUCAGGAAAACCCCAGGCGUCGCUCCCCGUGCCCAGGGCUUUUUUUGGGGCUAAAUGUCGGGAAAGCGGGGUUUUCCCGGCGGGCAGCGCUCGGGGACGCGGUGCCGGACUACAGCUCCCGGCGAGCCGCGCGGGCGGCAGAGCCGGGCGGCGGGAGCGGAGCGCGGCGCAUCCCGCAGCGGCACCGCCGCCUCCGCCCGCAGAUCCGGCCAAGCCCGCGGCAGCCAUGGCGCUGGUGAAGAGCGGUUGGCUUUGGCGCCAGAGCUCCAUCCUGCGCCGCUGGAAGAGGAACUGGUUCGUGCUCUACCUGGAUGGCAGCCUGGUUUACUACCACGACGAGACGCAGCGGGACAUGGACGGCCGGAUCCACAUCAAGUACAGCUGCCGGGACGUGCGGAUCGGCCGCGAGUGCAAAGACGUGCAGCCGCCCGAGGGGAGGAGCCGGGACUGCCUGCUGACCGUGGUGCUGCGGGACGGCUCCAAGACCACGCUGUGUGCCGAGAGCGAGGACGACGCCGUUGCUUGGAAGAUGGCCGUGCUGGAGGCUAAAUCCACCCCGGUGCACGUGUACGACCCCUACGACGACGACUACUACCAGACGGUGCCCCUGGACUCCCACCAGGCCGCCUACAUCAGCUCCGGCCACUACGGCCACCAGUACGGAGCUCCCGGCGUCACCCACGUCAUCGUGCGCGAGGAUCCCUACCGCGUCUCCGGGGACCAGAUGGCGCUGGGGCUGCUGGCCGGGGCCGCCACCGGCGCCGCCCUGGGCUCCUUCAUGUGGAUGCCCUGCUGGUUUUAGUGGCCGCCGGGCUGGGCCACGGCCCCCCUUUGCUCCCCAGCCCUGCCUUGGAACCUGCCCCGAGCGCCCCGCAGCCUCCCCAGGACGCCCCGGGACACACGGCCUGCUCCCAGCCCCAGCUUGUGCAUUAAGUAACCCCCACGUGCUUCAGAGCCCCCCAAAUCCCGCUCCAGAACCCCACAGCACCCGAUUCCCAUCGGCAGAGGGCCCGGGGAGCUGCCAGGGCUGUCGGCAGAGCUUCCCCAUCCCAAAUCUCCACAGGGAGCUGGCUGCAGAAAUUCCGGGUUUGGGAGAAGGGGGACUUACUUAGUUUGGGGGAAAGUGACUGGAUCUUUUUUGGCUGGGUGAACCCCACAACGCAGCUUUUUAUGCUUUUUAUGGGCUUUGUUUGGGAGAGGCACCAGAGGGCACCACAGGGAUGCUCAAGAGGGGGUAAAAGACUAAGGAGGAUGAAAACCUUUUCAGGAUUUCCACCCCUUUCCAACACGCACCGGUCCCCUGGGCCUGGCCAAGCUGGGGAAAUGGUGCAAAACCCUCAGGAAUUGGAGUUAAACCCUUGGGAACGAGGCUGAGAAGAGCCCAGGGAAUAUCCCAACCUCUCCAGCUGAGUGGGAGGGACACACAGCAUCCUCAGUUUCAGUUAUUUUUGGGAAGGGGAGAAGGGCAGCUCUCCAUGGGGACCAGGGAGCCUUUCUGGCAGCCAAGCCGGGAUCUUCACAGCAGGGAUUUGGGAUUGAGGGGGGACACACGGUCAGGCCAGGGGACAAGCAGCAGCUCAGGGUUUUGGUUGGGCGAUGGAGGAGGUGAGGAACUGCCCAGUGUCACCCCUAGAGCCUGGAUGGUAUCCUGGAACCACGACUGACAUUGAAUUUAGGAAUUACAAUCCCACAGCUGGAUAGAAAACCACCAGUGACACCAGCACCCCAGCCUGCUCCUGCCUUUAGAGCCCCGGGUCAGUUCAUCCCUGUGCCCAUCAGGGGAUUGGGAUAUCCCAACACACCAUCCUCAUCCUCUCCUGCACUCCCUGCCUCCCUCCUGCUGUGCACCUGCUCCCAGAAAGGGGGAAAAAAUACAAAAAACCUCUUUGAAGUCCAAUAAAGGCAGUGAAAAA